AUGUUCACAAUAGAUUUCAUAAUAUCUCAAAAUAAAUCAUUUAAGAAGAUGUUCAUUAAAAGCAUGAAUAAAAUUAUGAGAUAGUUUUACUUAAACCUAUAUUAGAACCUUAAAAAUGUGGAUUUGUUAUUCCCAUUAUUCGUAAAUGUAUUAGAUACUUAUUAUAUAUUAGCCAAUAAUAAUUCUAAAUUACUAAAGCUUAAAAUUUAAAUAUAGAUACAAAUACUUAUGAAGGUUCAAAGCCAUAAAAUAGGAAACUUGGAUCAAUUUCUACUACAAAUAAAAAUAAACCUAAUUCUCCAAAAUGGGGACUCAAUUAAGUUGCAGAGAUCUAUUUAAAAGAGAAGAAUGCAAGCAAUCAUUAAAAUAUAAGUAUUACCAAUUUUAGAUAAACUCAUUUCAAACGACCAUAAACAAAAGCAAGCUAAAAGUAAUAUUGCUCCAAGGUUUAAUAUUAAUUUCUUAAUUAUCAACAAUUUAAAUCAUGUCCAAUUACUACCAAAAAGAAAGAGAGGUACAUCAUUUAAUUUAGAAUCAAUUAAACCCCCUUAAACAGCUCUAAAUAGUGCAAAAGGGAAUAAAGAACUACUAAAAUCAUAUUAAAUGUAAACCAAAAUUAAAAAUCUAAUUAAAUCCUAUCAAAUAUAAUUUUAGUUUUAAUUGUUCUAUUAUAACCAUAUUUCAUUCAUUUAUUUUAUUUAUAAUAAAUAUUUAACAUAAUUAUCAUAUUACAGCCAUUUAUUUCAAAAAUUUUAAGAUUCCUCCUGUUAAAAUCACUUAAAUUGCAUUGUUAAAUUUAUAUUAUAACAAGAUUGUUUAUAGAUUUAAUAUUAAUAAAUAAGGUUCAUAGAUAAGUAUUAUGGUUUUAUGUUUGA